AUGUACCGCCUCCCACUUGCCAUGUUUCCUGACCCUUUCCGCAAGGAUCCCAACAAGCUGGUGUUCUGUGAAGUUCUCAAAUAUAAUUGGAAGCCUGCCGAGACCAAUUUAAGGCACACCUGUAAGCGGAUCAUGGACAUGGUCAGCAACCAGCACCCCUGGUUUGGAAUGGAGCAGGAAUACGCUCUCUUGGGGACGGAUGGGCACCCCUUUGGUUGGCCUUCCAGUGGCUUCCCUGGGCCCCAAGGCCUGCAUGACUGUGGUGUGGGAGCCAACAAAGCCUAUGGCAGAGACAUGGUGGAGGCUCACUACCGGGCCUGCUUGUAUGCUGGAGUCAAGAUCUCAGGAACAAAUGCCAAGGUCAUGCCUUCCCAGUGGGAAUUCCAAAUUGGACCCUGUGAAGUAAUCCACCUGGGAGAUCACCUGUGGGUGGCCCACUUGAUCUUGCAUCAUGUAUGUGAAGGCUUUGGCGUGAUAGCAACCUUUGGUCCUGAGCCCAUUCCUGGGAACUGGAACGGCGCAGGCUGCCAUACCGACUUCAGCACGAAGGCCAUGCGGGAGGAGAGUGGUCUGAAGUACAUUGAGAAGGCCAUUGAGAAACUCAGCAAGUGGCACCAGUACCAGGUCCGUAGCUACCAUCCCAAGGGAGGCCUGGGCAAUGCCCGGCACCUGACUGGCUUCCACAAGACCUCCAACAUCAAUGACUUUUCCACUGGUGUUGCCAACUGCAGCGCCAGCAUCCGCAUUCCCCAGUGUGUCGGCCAGGAGAAGAGGGGUUAUUUCAAAGACUGGCGCCCUUCUGCCAACUGCGACCCCUUGGCAGUGACAGAAGCCAUCAUCCUUACAUGUCUUCUCAAUGAGACCAGCGACGAGCCCUUCCAGUACAAAAACUAA